AUGGCGACGGGAAAUCGAGUUCCGGAAAAUUUUCAAACUUUAUCGCCAAUUGUGAAAGCGCCGAUUUCGGAUACACUUUCAGUGCCAUUGUCACAACAAGGUGAGUGUUUUGGGCUGAAAUUUGAAAAUUUUUAAGCUGAAAUUCAUGAAAAGUGGUGAAAAAUGAGCCAAAAUACUUUGAGAAUCGUGAAAUUUGAAGAAAAAUGAGUUAUAAAUCAUAAAUAUCAUAAUUUUUGUGCUGAAAAUUUGAUUUUCGAGCCAAAAUUUUUUUUUUUGAAAUCAAGAUAGUUGAAUUUUCACAAUAAUUAUAAAAUUAGGAUAAUUUCAAACAAAAAUUCAGGAAAAAAUUCAAUAAAAUUUGAUUAAAAUGAGAAAAAAAGUGAAAAAUGCUCCAAGAUUUUUUAAAAUCGUGAAAUUUGAUGAAAAAAAGUGAAAACCACCUGAAUAUUAUCAGGAAAUUUGAUGAAAAAUGACCAAAUUUGACUGAAUUUCAUAAAAUUUUGUGAGCAUCUCUAAAUUCUCAUUAUUCCCAAUUUUUUCAAGGAAGAAUUUGCGGCUUCUUCGAAACCCAAUUCUAUCGUUGCAUGGAAGCGUAUGGAGCAAAACUCGGCCGAAAAUAUUGUGAUUUGGAACAUCGCGAUUAUCAAGAAUGUAUUACUGGAGAUAAACAGAAAAAGGUAGGGUUACUGUAGGGUUUUUGGCGCGAAAAUUCAGAAUUUUUGAGCCCAAAUAAGCCUAGGUUACUGUAGAUCAGUUUGGUGCAAAAAUUUGGAAGUUCUGAUACUAAAUGAGCUUAGGGUUACUGUAGAUUUUUUGAGGCGCAAAAAAUGAGGUUUUUGAUAGUAAAUAAGCCUCAGAUUACUGUAGAUCAGUUUUGGCGCCAAAAUUUGACAAAUCUAGACGGUGAAUAAGCCCAGAGUUCAUUUUUCCUUUUGAAUUUUUCUGAAAAUGAGAUUUUUGGAAUGUCUUAAUUGCCACGUCAUGAAAUUUCACGUGAAAAAUUAUUUUUUCCGUCGAAAAAAUCCGCCAUUUUUGCAGAGAUCCGACGCGAUUUCCGCGCAACGUCGCAAACUUUUCCUCGAAGGCAAAUUGGACUCGCCAUUCCUCGACAAUCAUCCAGAACCAGGACAAUUCAAACCCGACCACUUCCAAUGGAAUCGCAUUAACUAG